CUCCCGCCCCUUUCUGCCCAGUUCUCUGCCCUAGUGGCUUUCCCCAGCCCUGCAUCACAUCCAGACUGCUGGCCUUCGGUCCCCGGUCCCCGGUCCCCGAAGAGAACAGGAGCGUGUCUGCAGGCAUGGGAACCUCAGACAGUGGGGAGGCGGGGCCUGGGGCUCCCCAGCCCAACCGCAUCGAGGUGCACGUCCACCAGGAGUCAGGUCUGGCCAAGCUCCUGCUGAGUGGGUGCUCCCUGCUGCAGCCCCUGGUCCUGCAGCCCCGCACUGCGUCCCAGACCCUGGGCAGCAGCCGGCUGCUGGUGGCCUCCUGGGUGGUGCAGAUCGUGCUGGGGGUGUUGAGUGGGGUCCUGGGAGGCUUCCUCUACAUCUCCCGCUCCACCACCCUGCGGGAAUCGGGAGCUCCCAUCUGGACCGGGGCUGUGGCUGUGCUGGCUGGAGUUGUCGCCUUCGUGUAUGAGAAACGCGGUGGCAUCUACUGGGCCCUGCUAAGGACCGCGCUCGCGCUGACAGCUUUCUCAACGGCCACUGCCGCCAUCGUCAUUGCAGCUGCAAAUUUCAACCAGUACCACUAUUCUUUUUAUGACAAUAUCUGUGAUGUCUCUCCACCCUGGGGUCCCACCUGGCCCCCCGGCACCCCAAAUCCAGAUGUCAGCAGACAACAGCUGUGCAUCUUGUACCUGGACAAGCUGAAGGCCAUGUUCACAGGCCUUCAAGUCAUACUAUUAGGUGUCUGGGUUCUGCUGCUCCUGGCGUCUCUGGUCCCCCUGUGUCUGUGCUGCUGGAGGAGGUACCAACAGAAGGAGCAUGUGGAGGUACCCAAGUCGCAACUGCGACUUAGGGCAGCUGGGGCAACACCAGACCCUUAACCCACUGCCCCACCGCAGGAACUCGCAUUCCUGUCUUUCUACCCCAGUGGUGGCUCAGCCCAGGGAGCCCCUGUCCCUGAGCAAGUGGCACCCCAUCCAAAGACUCCAGGAAGCCAGGGAAGUCUGCGUCCAUAGCGGGACCUCAGGGCUCUGCCGCAUCAGGUACCGAGAGGCUGAUGCUGGAUCUGACAGGCUCCAGAACGAAGCCUGCGCCCUCUCUCUGCCCCCAGCUGACUCAUCCUGCCUUUGCCCUUAGAAGGGAGACCUUCUCCUGGAAGAUACUGCCGCGAGUGGUGAAAUCUAGCCCCACCCCUCCAGAGGACUCAGACCUGGAGCUCCACCUGGAUGGGUCCCACCUCUGCCUCCUGGGAGAAAACUCGGGGCAGAGGGAGGCCCCCCCCCCAGCCCCACCUACCCUUCCCCUACAGCCUGGCCACCGCCCCGCUCCACCAGCCGUCUGAGCUGCUCUUGCCCGUUUCCUGCUCAGCUUCACCGUCCUGCCUGCUUCGUGUCUCCUCCUGAGCAAUGUUAAUAAACUCUCCUGACGCUGCUCCCA